AUGAAUUUUGAAAACAGAUGGGUCUUGAGAUCCGCUCUGAACUUCGCAAGUGAUGGAGAAAUAGUUAGAGAAGUAGGUAGAGAGUUCCAGAGAAAAGGACCAGAAAAAGCAAAAGCAGAUUUGGCAAAAGAGUGUUUAACACGAGUUAAGAAAAAGCGAGAAGAAGAAGACGAUCGUAAACCGGGGCGUUUAGGGUUCGAUUACAGGAAGAUUCCAACCUUGAACUUCAGUGGCAUCUCAGAUUCAGAACCGAACAGCAAGAAGACUCGCAGUGCCAGAGAAACAAGAGAUCGUUUGUUUGAACAGCUUCAUUUUCAUAACACAAUGGCUAACAUUGAGAUAAAAUAA